GUCAAUCACAGGCUCCCCGAGCCAAUCAUCGCCUGAGAUUUAACUUUACAAAUUUGGCGGUAGUAGGACGAUGGCGGAAAAUUUGAAAGAGUGCAAAGUAGCCUGUCUCUCUACUUUCGAUCAACUGCAAGUGGCUUGCCGAGAGUAUGGAGUCAAAUGCAGAGAACUCGGGGUCAACAAGAACAACCUGUGUGACUAUGAAGUGGAAUAUCUUUGUAACUACCGAAAGAAAGUCAUCAGUGAUGGCAAAAGUCAAGAAACACAGGAGCUGUACUUGGUGAAAUGGAAGGGCUAUCCAGAGUCGAUGAAUUCAUGGGAGCCACGGAAGAACCUAAAGUGCACCAAUCUGCUUAACCAGUUCUGGGAUGAUUUGAUGCGUGAGCUGAUUCGGUUAAAGAAGCGCACCAUCCCCAAAAACCUGGACUCUUCCAUUGUUUCCCAUCUUGUGCAGCGAGCAAAGCUUAGGCAAACUCUCAAACUCUGGGAGAAUCACCUGAACAGCCUUGGCCCAAACAAGGGUCGCAUCUUUGUGGAAAAUGUGGUGGACCUGGAGGGUCCUCCUAAGAACUUCACUUACAUUAAUGACUAUAAGGUGGGUGACGGUAUCUAUCUUAAUGAGGUGGCUGUUGGCUGCGAGUGUACGGACUGCCUGAACUGUCCUCUGAAGGGCUGUUGUGCCGGAGCCUCGCAGCAUAAGUUUGCCUACAACAACUCAGGACAAGUGCGCAUUCGGCCUGGACUACCCAUCUACGAAUGCAACAGGCGGUGUCACUGCGGGCCCGACUGCCCCAAUAGAGUGGUUCAGAGGGGCAUUCAGUUUUCGCUGUGCAUCUUUAGGACAAACGACGGCAGGGGCUGGGGGGUACGAACCAUGGAGCGUAUCCGCAAGAAUACCUUCGUCAUGGAGUAUGUAGGAGAGAUCAUCACUACAGAAGAAGCAGAAAGACGAGGUCAUGUCUAUGAUAAAGAAGGAGCCACCUACUUGUUUGACCUGGAUUAUGUGGAUGAUGAAUAUACAGUGGAUGCAGCUCACUAUGGCAACAUUUCUCACUUCGUCAAUCACAGUUGUGAUCCAAAUCUUCAGGUGUAUAACGUCUUUAUAGAAAACAUAGACGAGAGACUGCCACGGAUCGCUUUCUUUGCCACACGUGGCAUUAAGCCAGGGGAGGAGCUCACCUUCGACUACAAUAUGCAGAUUGAUCCAGUAGAUGCAGAAAGCACAAAGAUGGACUCAAAUUUCAGUCUGACUGGACUCCCAGGUUCACCUAAGAAACGCAUGCGUAUAGAGUGUAAAUGUGGUGUGCCAUCAUGUCGGAAGUAUCUAUUUUAGAUAACCCAGGGACUGGAGGGGUGUGUCAUGCCAAAUAGUCAGUAAAGAUAAUAGUGGCUGUAAAGGAUAACAACACAAUCUCAUUACAUAUUGACAAAAAUUGUACAAAUAAUUAUCCAUUAUUGCUGAAAAAGUGUGUCCUGCUAUGUCAUAGCAGUACUUUUAUUUAAAGAUUUCAUAUGUAAAAGGUCAGAGAUGUACAUAUUGAGUUCUCUGAUUCUAAUCUUCAGAUAAUUAAAACAAUUUCAUGAGCGGAAAUGAAUCAAUACACAUUUGUAGAACUGUAGUGUGACACCCCUGGUUUAUACUUUAAAAAUUCAUUUAUUUGAUCAGUUUUUUUUUUUUGCAGUUUUCUUCCCUGACAUUUGGCAUGGGGUCACAUUUCACUACAUUACCUAUGUGAAAAUGUACAGCUUUUGUAAAUGCAUCUUUUUUCCCAUUCAUCAAAGGUCAGACAUCUAUCAUCAUGGCAGGGGACUGUCUUUUUUAAGUGAAAUGUUUUUAUAGUUUAGUUCUUUUUAUGAAAGGGCAUUUUAUUAAUAUUUUUUUAAAAGCAGUGAUGUCAUAAGUGUAUUAGUAUUAAAAUAUAAAUUACAGCUUGACACGAAUGCUGGUUAAACGCACUGUGUGUUGUGUUGAAGCUGUUCUAGUUCAGUGUAAUCUGUAUCCGGAAACGUGUCCUUGUGUGAAGCUUUGAUUUCAUUAACCUGCCAGCAGGGGGCAGAACUGUAUCGCUAAUGCCAGAAAACGAGCUUUUUGCUUUAUUUUUUUAUUUUUUAUUUUUUAUUUUUUUUACUUUUACAAGGUAAAAGAUUUUUUCCCCCCACAGCCGUGAAAGUCUUAUCUUACCUUGAAUUUUAUAGCAGAGUACAGAUGGCUGCUUAGUGAUAUUCUGACUGUACUGUUUAAAUUAAGUUUCUGAUAUUUUAUAAAAAAAAAAAUAAAAAAAAAUCAGUGUUGAUUGUUUACUGUAUGUAGUAGCAAUAACCUGUGAUAUACAGUGGGGUGACAAAAGGAGUGUUUAAAAAAAAAAAGAAAUAAUAUGUUGGUGUAAUGAUGCUGUAGCUGUCUAAUGUAUCACAUGAGGUACUGGUGCAUGUGAAGGCCAGGACAUAUGAUACUCAAACUAACGCCCUCUACAGCAUAACUACUGUUAUUUUCCCCUUUUGUCACCCAUCUGUCUGGCAGAAUUUUAUCUCCCUGUAAUGUUGAGACAAAUGUACUGUAUUGACAACUAAGGAUGACUACAUGUUUUUGUUUUUUUGUUUUUUUUUUUAAAAAAAGGCUUCCAACAGAUAUUUGCUGGUGCAUGUACUGUAUUUAUGUGAGACAUAUAAUGAUCCAUGAUAAAUUUUGAAUACUAUAUAUUCAAAUUGAGGAUUGUGCUCUUAAUCUUCGUUUUAGAUUAAUGUUGGUUUUUGUUUUUCAAUCUGUACAAUCUGAGUUUUACCUAUUAGCCGGGGACAGAGGCUGCAUUCAGUAACAAGUGAGUUUCUUGUUCAAAAUGUAGCCUUGAAGUGAAGCCAGCCAUGUUGUAGCGAUUCCUGAAGAAAUCUCUAUACAUUCCACUUUCAUUAAACACAUUUGUUUUCAUUUA